UCAUACUUACAUAUAUGCCGCUGAACAUAGAUCUUAUGUUCACGCCAGCUAUGAUUUCGCUGAAGUUUAUUAAUUUUUUUUUUAAGGUUUUUGCUGCACAAUUAUGUUUGUAUUUGAUUAGGGAUUUCACGGUAAACUCUGUGAGGUUUAUCAUCAGUCCUAAUCUCUUUGAGGUUCUAUGUUUUAGAGAACUGAUCUAUUCUCGAUUUGUGUUAUAAACUCACAAUUUCAUUAGCUAUUUUAAUUCAUUGUGAAUUUCUAUAUAACACCGAAAAUUAAUUUACACUGCCAAUUCUGUUACUUUCAGACAUGUAAUUGUUGCUUUGCUGAAUGAUAUUUGGGGUAUGAAUGUUCAGUUGCAUACGGGUUUGAUGCUUUGGAUAAUGGAAUUUGUUUUUGAAUUGUAAAUGCUGGUGUUAACAGGGAAGACCAUGGCUUCUAAGAAGGGCAAUAGAAAGGGCUUUGGGGAGUCUGCUUCAAAAAGCACACUCAAGAAAACCCCCAAGUCUUUGAAGGUCAAAGAGAAAAUUGUGAAAGAAUCUUUGCCUAAGAAAUCUGCUCAAGGCAAAGAAGGUGAGAGCAGCUCACAAGUCAAAGACAGGAAGGAGAAUAGAGGGCAGGGGAUUAAAGAUGACAAGAAGGUCAGUGAUCAAAGUCAAAGAGCUGAGAAACGACCUAAUACACAAGCUGGGAAUAAAAACGAGCGGCAUAUGGAUGAAAAGCUUAAAAAAUUGAAGAAAAGGGGCCAGCAGUCCACUGUGAACAAUGGUGGGAAAGAUAGAAAGGAGAAUGUAAGGGAGGAGAUCAAAGAUGUCAAGAAGGUUAGUGGUCAAAGUCAAAGAACUGAGAAGCAUCAAAGUAAGCAAUCUGGUAGCAGAUAUGAGCGACAAAUAGAUGACAAGCGUAGAGAGUUGAAGAGAAGAGACCAACGUUCCACUGAGGGCCUUGGUGGAAUGAUCUUUAUGUGUAGUGGGAAGACUAAACCAGAUUGUUUCCACUAUCGAGUAAUGGGUAUUACUGUGAAUAAACAAGAUGUCGUGAUGCGAAUCAAACCUGGUCUUAAGCUAUUCCUCUAUGAUUUUGAUCUCAAGCUCUUGUAUGGAGUAUAUGAAGCAUCAUCAACUGGUGGAAUGAAACUUGAACCGGCAGCCUUUGGUGGGGGAUUUCCUGCUCAGGUCCGAUUCACAGUUAUUGAGGAUUGCCUUCCCCUGCCGGAAAGUGUUUUUAAAAAAGCUAUCAAGGAUAAUUACGAUGAGAAGAAGCACAAAUUCAAGACUGAUUUAUCAGUUGCACAAGUGAAACAGUUGAUGAAGUUGUUUAGGCCUACACCAUGGUUGCAUGCAACAUCCAAAUCUUCUCUUCCAGAAUCCGUGCCAGAGUCUGUUAUUCACCACACAUCGGCAGGGAGUUUGCCUGGUGAUGAAUUCCAGCAACAAGUGUAUAGAGAACCUUACAUUAUUAGCAAUGGUGCUGAACCUUUACCAAUUAGUCAUGAGAGGUCACUCUUGACUAACCGCCACAUCACCCCGCGUAAUGAUGCACCCUCUUCUUCACUUUUUCUCACUGAAAAAGAAUAUAGAAGCUAUGGUCUUCAACAAAGGAGACAGCUUGUGCCAACUGACUCUACUGCUGAUAUUGAUCAUCUAUUGGAUCGUUAUCGACCUAAUGAAGGGUUGGAGCAAUCUCUGAGGAACCCUGCUCUUGUAAGUGGUCGUGCUUCAUCAUUGCCACGGAAUGAAGCUGGUUUGCCUGAUCCUUAUUUCCUCAAUGAAAAGGAGUACAGAAAUUAUGGCCUUAAGGGUUAUCAGGAAAUGACCACUACUGUACAGCCUUCUCUAGAAACUGACACUACAAUGACUUCCACCAUCAAUCCUGGGGUACAAGACCAUGCCUCAUACAGUUGUAAUCCCUACAAUGACAGUACCGCAUCACUUGUUAAUCGGUAUCUUUCUUUGCCAAUGAGACUGCCCGAGCCCUUGGAACCUUAUUCUCUGACGGGAAGAGAGUCUUACAUAACUGAGUCAAACUACACAAGGGAGACAGGAGGCCAUCCCGGUAGAGUGACUGCCGAGAGGGAGAGGGAGAGUCGCCAUUCACCAUAUCUUACCUAUGCACCUUCAGACCUCAGCCAAAGAUACCAAUAUCCUGACAACGACCCUGACUAUUCAUCCAAUCCAGUAUUACUCCGCCAGUCCUACGCAGGUCCUUCUGCAUCACGCUACUGAACCUCAAUUGCAUCUCUUGGGUAUCAUGUUCCUGCCAGAUCCCAGUUAUGCUUAUACUUCCCUGGCUAAGAUGCUGAUUCAAUGAAAUCUGGCUCUAUUUAAAACAUGUGAGAAGUUUGACAUUCUGCAACACAUGCUUUCCCACUCUGAAAAUCUGGGUAGGCAGACAUCUUUGCUAGGGAGUAGCAACUAAGGUACACAGACGCUUGGAGGAAAUGAAUGGUUGGCAUGAUAUAGGAAUGCCUGAAGUUCCCAAAAGGUCUUUAUUUCAGAUCAUUGCUGAUCCCAAAGAGAUUAUCAGCAAGGGAUGUUUCUAUUUCUAAGAAGUUGCAGUGGUAAAAGAUGGCAUCAAUUGUACAAUAACUGGUUGAUCCACAACUGUAUGGCAUCAGCUGUUUUUCUCAUUUAUGUGUAACUCAAUAUGCUCCUGACUGUUUAUUAUCCUGUCCUAUUUUAUAUUCCAUUUUUACUAGUAUUAAUUGGCUAAUAUUCUUUUUU